AAAAGAAAACCUUACUUCCCGACUAUUUUCCCUUUUUCCAUAUGCUUGUCUGAAAAUGAACGCGCAUUUGUAAAUUUCAGAUGGGAGUUUGAAUACUUUCCAUCGGAAAGUUACUGCAUAUCUGAAUCUAAUCAGAUUUGCAUUGCUACUCUCAGUCCCAAUCUCAGGCUAUUUUUCUAGAUCCACCAGAAGAAAUUAAGAAGAGAAGAAAAUGUUACGGCUGAGAGCAUUUCGGCCUACGAAUGAUAAAAUUGUGAAGAUCGAGUUGCAUCCCACGCAUCCAUGGCUUGUAACCGCGGAUGCCUCAGAUCACGUCUCUGUUUGGAAUUGGGAACAUCGCCAGGUUAUUUAUGAGCUUAAAGCCGGCGGCGUGGACGAGCGCCGCUUAGUUGGUGCGAAACUAGAGAAGCUUGCUGAAGGCGAAUCGGAGCCCAAAGGAAAACCUAUAGAAGCCAUGCGUGGAGGCAGUGUUAAGCAGGUGAAUUUUUAUGACGAUGAUGUGCGCUUCUGGCAACUAUGGCGUAACCGCUCUGCCGCAGCGGAGGCUCCCUCCGCCGUCAAUCAAUUCGCCUCGCCUUUUAACUCUCCGCCUCCGUCCACGAAAGGAAGGCAUUUUCUAGUCAUCUGUUGUGAGAAUAAAGCCAUAUUUUUGGACUUGGUGACGAUGCGCGGCCGUGAUGUUCCCAAGCAAGAACUUGACAACAAGUCGCUUCUCUGUAUGGAGUUCCUUUCGAGAUCCGUUGGUGGUGAUGGUCCUCUUGUUGCUUUUGGUGGAUCAGAUGGUGUCAUAAGAGUGCUUUCAAUGAUAACAUGGAAGCUUGUGCGACGGUACACAGGAGGUCAUAAAGGAUCAAUUUCUUGUUUAAUGACCUUCAUGGCUUCUUCUGGUGAGGCACUUCUGGUUUCUGGUGCUAGUGAUGGUUUACUUGUGCUCUGGAGUGCAGAUCAUAGUCAAGAUUCACGAGAACUUGUACCCAAGCUAAGCUUAAAAGCACAUGACGGUGGGGUCAUAGCGGUUGAGCUUUCUAGAGUGGUUGCAGGAGCUCCACAGCUUAUUACCAUUGGUGCAGAUAAGACAUUAGCUAUAUGGGACACAAUCUCGUUUAAGGAGUUGCGGCGUAUCAAACCUGUUCCAAAACUGGCUUGCCAUAGUGUGGCCUCUUGGUGCCACCCUCGAGCUCCAAACCUCGAUAUUUUGACAUGUGUGAAAGAUUCCCAUAUCUGGGCCAUUGAACACCCAACUUAUUCAGCUCUUACGCGGCCAUUGUGUGAACUUUCCUCGUUAAUCCCUCCGCAAGUACUUGCACCUAGCAAGAAACUUAGGGUUUAUUGUAUGGUUGCACAUCCUUUGCAGCCCCAUCUUGUUGCUACUGGAACCAAUAUUGGUAUUAUUGUCUGCGAGUUUGAUUCUAGGUCUCUUCCGGCUAUAGCUCCUCUGCCAACACCAUCAGGAAGCCGAGAGCAUUCUGCUGUGUAUGUAGUUGAAAAAGAAUUAAAGUUGCUAAAUUUUCAGUUGUCCAACACAGCAAAUCCAUCUCUUGGAAAUAACAGCUCCAUAUCAGAAACUGGAAGGUUUAAGGGAGAUUCGUUUGAACCAUUACCUGUCAAGCAAGUUAAAAAGCACAUCAGCACUCCUGUUCCACAUGAUUCAUAUUCAGUUCUUUCUGUAAGCAGUUCAGGGAAGUAUCUUUCAAUUGUGUGGCCUGAUAUCCCUUACUUCUCUAUCUACAAGGUCAGUGACUGGUCAAUUGUUGAUUCAGGCAGUGCAAGGCUUCUUGCUUGGGAUUCAUGUUUUGACAGAUUUGCUAUAUUGGAAUCGACAUUACCUCCUAGAAUUCCCAUAAUUCCUAAAGGUGGCUCAUCAAGAAAAGCAAAAGAAGCUGCUGCAGCUGCUGCUCAAGCUGCAGCUGCGGCUUCCUCUGCUGCUGCUGCAGCCUCUGUUCAAGUUCGUAUUUUGCUGGAUGAUGGGACAUCAAAUAUAUUAAUGAGAUCUAUAGGUGGCCGCAGUGAACCGGUAAUUGGCUUGCAUGGGGGAGCACUACUUGGUGUUGCCUAUCGAACAUCAAGGAGAAUUAACCCUGUUGCUGCAACAGCUAUUUCAACAAUUCAGUCAAUGCCCUUAUCUGGAUUUGGAGGUGGUGGACUUUCGUCUUUUAGCACAUUUGAUGAUGGAUUUUCUUCUCAUAAAUCUCCGGGUGAUGCCGCAGCACAAAAUUUUCAGCUCUACAGUUGGGAAACAUUUCAACCUGUGGGUGGUCUUCUGCCACAGCCAGAAUGGACUGCAUGGGACCAAACUGUCGAGUAUUGUGCUUUUGCAUAUCAGCAGUACAUUGUCAUUUCUUCUUUGCGCCCUCAAUUUAGAUAUCUAGGAGAUGUUGCAAUUCCCUGUGCUACUAGUGCUGUUUGGCAUCGUAGACAGCUGUUUGUGGCUACACCAACUACCAUCGAAUGUGUUUUUGUGGAUGCUGGAGUAGCACCCAUUGACAUAGAAACAAGAAAGAUGAAAGAGCAGAUGAAACUGAAAGAGGCACAAGCAAGAGCCAUUGCAGAACAUGGAGAUUUAGCUCUAAUCACAGUGGAUGGUCCCCAGUCUCUUACACAAGAAAGAAUAUCAUUGAGGCCCCCAAUGCUACAGGUGGUGCGAUUAGCUUCUUUUCAGCAUGCUCCUUCUAUUCCACCUUAUUUAACAUUGCCAAAACAAUCUAAAGUUGAUGGGGAUGAUUCAGCAAUACCAAAUCCACUUGAAGACAGAAAGGUUAAUGAGAUAGCUGUUGGUGGUGGAGGGGUAUCUGUGGCUGUUACUCGUUUUCCAACAGAGCAGAAACGACCAGUUGGACCUCUGGUUGUGGUGGGUGUCAGAGAUGGAGUUCUUUGGCUGAUUGACAGGUACAUGUGUGCUCAUGCCUUAUCUCUUAGCCAUCCUGGUAUUCGCUGCCGGUGUCUUGCUGCCUAUGGAGAUGCUGUUAGUGCAGUGAAAUGGGCUAGUAGGCUUGGCAGAGAACAUCAUGAUGAUUUGGCACAAUUUAUGCUAGGGAUGGGAUAUGCUACUGAAGCACUUCAUUUGCCUGGAAUAUCUAAGAGGUUGGAAUUUGAUCUGGCUAUGCAGAGCAAUGAUUUAAAAAGAGCUCUUCAGUGCCUCCUUACAAUGAGCAACAGCAGGGAUAUAGGACAAGAUACUCCCGGGCUCAAUAUGACUGACAUUCUCAGUUUAACAGCUAAGAAAGAAAAUGUUGUGGAAGCUGUUGAAGGAAUUGUGAAAUUCGCGAAGGAAUUUCUAGAUCUUAUUGAUGCUGCGGAUGCCACUGCACAAGGUGAAAUUGCUCGUGAAGCUCUUAAGAGGUUAGCUGCUGCAGGUUCUGUAAAAGGAGCCUUACAGGGUCAUGAGUUGAGGGGACUAUCUCUGCGUCUUGCUAAUCAUGGAGAAUUGACCCGGCUAAAUGGUUUGGUAAACAAUUUGAUCUCAGUUGGCCUGGGACGUGAAGCAGCAUUUUCAGCAGCAGUUUUGGGAGACAAUGCUCUUAUGGAAAAGGCGUGGCAGGAUACUGGGAUGCUUGCUGAAGCUGUGCUUCAUGCACAUGCCCACGGGCGACCGACGAUGAAGAAUUUGGUUCAAGCUUGGAACAAAAUGCUGCAGAAGGAGGUUGAUCAUACUCCAUCAACAAAGACAGAUGCUGCUUCUGCCUUUCUGGCUUCCCUGGAGGAACCCAAGCUUACAAGUUUGGGAGAUGCAGGGAAGAAACCACCAAUUGAAAUUUUCCCUCCUGGGAUGACAUCUCUAUCCAUGUCUAUUUCCGCUCAGAAAAAACCAGCCCCUGCUAUUCAGAGUUCACAACAGCAACAAGGAAAGCAGUUGCUAUUAGAAGCAACUCCUGCUACCACCACACCAGUGAGUGCUCCACUCCAGUCAGACUCCACACCUGGUAGUGCUCCGCCUCAGUCAGAAUCCACAGAGGCUUCAGUGAGUGCUGCACUUCAGCCAGAAUCUACACCAGCACCAACGAGUACUCCCUUGCAGUCGGAAUCAAGCGAACCUGUUCCAGACAAUAGAGCCCCUGGAGCAUCAUCAGUGAGUGAUCCAGAUUCAGUACUUUCAGAGGCAACUGUGCCAGAAACAUCUACAAUUAACUCAACACUGGCGGAGGCGCCACCCCGGGCUCCAGAGAUUCUCGAAACAAGUAUUCCGACUACAUUGCCAAUGAGUGACCCACUUGCUUGAAUAGCAGAUUCUGCUAAACUGUUGGUGUCAGCAUAUAGCAUACAUUAUUUUUUUUUUUUUUGGUUUUGUUUAGUUUUUGCUUUUUUUUGCCCCCCUACUGAUUGGUCUGAUGUAUACAUUGCCUUUAUUGUAUAAAGUGGGCUUUGCUGUCUGAUGUAAUUUGAAGAGCAAAGAAGAAAAUUAAUUUGCUACAUGUUUCAGGCUUCUGUAAUGUUCCUGAAAAUUGGAUAUAUCUAGUUGUCAUUUUUUAUUAUAAAUUACUAUAGCUGAUUUGUAUUGAUGAAUGAAAAUUAUUAUUUUGACUGCUUU